AUGAUAAAAUAAUAAAAUAUAUAGCAAUUAUUCCCUAACUUAUAAGAAUAAUCUUACUAGACUCUACAAUAAGUGUAUGAAAACAUUGCUCUAUAAGAAUUCCAUGUCUUAGUCUAACAAAUUAAAACCAAGUUUCCAAUUCCAAAUUAAAUCAAUCCUGUUCAAUUUCCUACUCAAGAGAAUGUAAUUGAAUUCUUUUAGAAUUACAACCCAAUCAUUUUAGACUUAACUAACAUUUAAGAUGUUAAAAUUAAACUCUAUAAAAAUGCUGCAUUCUAUGGAACCUUAGUUGAUGGCUUGAGAUAAGGACAAGGAAUUUUAAUUAAAUCAACAUUAUAACUUUAUGAAGGUUCCUUUCUUAGAGACAAGAAAGAUGGUAUCGGAUUUGAAUUACUUAAACAAAACUAAUUUUAUUAUGGUACAUAUUUGAAUGGGUUACCACAUGGAGAAGGAGUCUUCUGGUCAAAAAACUAAAAAUAUAUAGGUUAAUGGCAUUAAGGAAAAAAAGUAUUUAAAAAACUCUAUUUUCUAAGCAUGGAAUUGGAUGGUAUUAAGGAAGUCAUUCAGAUUAUUAUCUAGGAUAAUGGGAAAAUGGAAGAUGUUUUGGACUUUGCAUAUAUAUCAAUGGAGACAUGUAUAACUGACUAAUAAUAUUAGAUAUGUUGGUCAUGUUACUAAUGAUCUAAAACAUGGUAAUGGUUAAGAAUAUUUUGAAAAUGGUGAUUAUUUUAUUGGAGAAUAUAGAAAUGGAAAACCUAAUGGUUAAGGUGAAUUUUAUUGGAAUAAUGGGAAUUUCUAUAAAGGAGAAUUCGUUAAUGGACAAAGGAAUGGCUAUGGAAUUUGGGAAAGCAAAACAUAAGAGGGAAUAAAUAAAUUCAAAGGUCAAUAUGCCAACGAUAAAAAAUGUGGAUAGGGAGUAUUUGAAUAUGCAAAUGGUACUAUAUAUGAAGGUUCCUUUGUUGAUGAUAAAAGAUGUGGAUAUGGAGAAAUUACAUGGUAGGAUAAAGCAACUUAUAAGGGUUAUUGGGUAGAUGGAUUAAUGGAAGGAGAAGGAAUCUAUGAAUAUGAUACACUUGUAUUAAAGGGUAAUUGGAGAAGCAAUUAAUUAUAAACUAUUGAUAAAGUUAGAGUCUCAUUAAAUUAAUUUCCAUAAUAACAUAACUUAAAAGAAAUUUAUGAAAAUGAAGAAAUUAGAUCAGAAUUAGCUGAUGAACCAGACUUAGAUGAAAUUGGAAAUUAAUUUUAAGCUGAAAUUCUAGCUUCUAAAACUGAUACUAAUCAUAUUCCUGUUCAAACUACUUCUCAUCAAACUAGUCAUAAUGAUAUGUAAUUUCAUUAAAAAGUACCCAUUUUAUAAAGACAAUUUGAUUUACUCAGUCUUCUUGAUUAAGGACUUCAACUUUAAACUUUAGAUGUUUCAUAAAAAUAGAAUAACUCAAGUGUAGCCAUUCAAACUGAAAGUAAAAAACAGUUUCUUCCUAAAUUGACUCUCAGUAAGAAAACCCCUACAAAUAGUGUUGAUCAUUCUCAUAAUGCAAAUAAUAAAUUUAAAUUUGAUUCAAUAUCUAAUUCCCCAAAUACUAGAGGAACUGAUCAAUCAAAUAAAUCACAUAGAGGUUAGAAUUAAAAAAAAGCAAAUAAAUCUGUUUAAUGUAGAAGUAGAAAAAAUAAAAAAGUUCUUCUAUCUAGGAUUGAACAGAACAUAUGGGCUAUCAAAAUGAAUAAAUUAAAAUUAAGUCCUGCAAAGUAUACUAAAUUUUGGAAUCAUGGAGUAUAAAAUAAAUUUCUAUUUAGAUUGUAAAUGAAAUUAAAUAGAUUCUCUAUCCUCCUAUUUGGAAACCUCCAUCCCAUUUAACAUGA